CGAUGUCUUAUAGUGGUUGUCUAUUGGCUCAUCAGUGUAUCAAUAGUGUCUCGCGCCGGCUUAUCAUCGGCAAAGUUCAAGAUCGGAUACUCGACACGCCGCGAGGCAAAAAAGGGAAACUUCCUCUUGGAACGAUCAUCACCUUGACCAACACCUCAUCUUCGCGACGAUAUACCACAACAGCGCACGAACAAGCUCCUCAUCUGUUUCAACAUCCUCGCCCCGGCGUCCUAGACUGUGCAGAUACCUUGUGCACGGUCAACACCCUUAUCCCCCGAGUCCCAAGCCUUCAGCUAUAUGCAACAAGAGCCUCUCGAGAAUCUAGAACCUUUGAUUCACCGAGACAACCCUUAUAAAACCUCGAUCUCCCAGCAUGGCCCCAUUCACCAUGACCCGUGUGGCCUUCGUCGAGUCUAUUCCGGAGACUCAAGUGGCGCUGAACCAGGCUCUGCACCGGCACUCCGCCGCGACUCCGGUCAUGACGUCGAUGCCGACUUACUCGAUGAGGAGCUACGUCGACUGAGUUUGGGUCAUCGCUCAACUGUUCGACCUUCAGCUCCUGGCCAGCGCAUCUCCGAGUACGAAAAUGCAAUGACACCGCCUACUCCAAAGAAGGCAUUGGGCUUCAAGGUUAUCAAGCGCUCCGAAACUCCUUCUGAUGGUGUGCAGCUUGAAGAUUUCCCAAAUGAGAUCUUAACACAUAUUCUUUCGCAUCUCCAUUCCGACUCGCACGCCGCCAUUGCUCUCGUCUCCAAGCGCUUUUAUGCCCUCAUCACCAGCUCCCAUGCUUGGCGCAUGGCCUUCCUACGAUUCUUCCCAGGUCAUGAAGCACUCGAGGUUAAGAAAAAUGUGGAUAUGUGGGCUUACAGCUCGCACGAUCUGAUACAGUCUGAGUCUCGUUAUUUCACUCGUCUUACCCCCCUAGCAUCCUGGAGAAAGGAAUACCUUCUGCGCACCCGCUUGAUCAGAAGUCUGGCCCGUGGUAAACCAGGUGCAUCCUUUGCCUCUGGAGGUAUUGGCGCAUCUGUUCGUACCGGGAAGAAAACCAGCGCUGUGUUGACGUACAACUCCAAGCUGCCAUGGGCUGUCACGAAUAUUCACGCUGUCUUCACAAACGGAAAGAAACCACCAAAAGCUAUCCACGGAGCCGCCGACCUGGGAGUAGCCUCAGUCAGUGACCCUACCAACGGGAGGAUUGAGAAAUGGGGAUUCGUUGAUCCCUUCAGCUCUAUGCAACUUGAUGAGGUGUUCCCCGACCUUGUUCCCUUUGGCUUGGGGGAGGGUCCCGCAGCAACUCCCAAUGUUCUCGAUGUAAGCCAGCCAUAUGGUAUCCUUGCAGGUGAGGGAUUUCCGGGUGGUCGUCCCUAUUACCGCCCUGUCAAUGAGAACCGUGGACGAUAUCUCGGUGCGGAUUCUGGUGUUGUUGAUACCUAUCCUGAUAUCCCUAAGAUACCAGAAAUGUCUGAAGCGGUCUGCAGUGUAUGGUUGGCCAAAUCGCCGAAUGUGCCAACAAAUACGCGGUCAAUGAUUGGGAUGCUGACUGGCUCUACCCUUGGAGUCGUCACUUCAUACACCCUGGGCAAUGACUCUGGACCUCAACGUUAUCAACCCGGAGAAGUUACUGCGCGUUGGGUCCUUAGUCCUGGCGUUCCAAUCAUCUCUCUAAAGGUUGAUGACAACUAUAGCCAGAAACGCAAGUCUUCUGCAAGGGUAUGGAUCGUUGCGCUCAAUGCUUUGGGUGAGGUAUUCUAUCUGACUGAAACACCUACUGCACAAAACCCAACCAAGAGCGAAGACAUCACCAAAAAUGCUUGGUUUGCUGGGCGCUCAGUUUACUGGCACCUUUUGGACUCCACUCGACGCGUUGCUCGACCAGAUGAUCUGGACAAAAACGCCAUCAAAGGCGCGUACUCGCCCCGGUCACCUUCCAACUCUAUGAGCCUGAGCAAGAGUCAGUUGGCUGCUGAAGCACGAGAAAUUGAAAAGUUCUUGCGCCAAAAACCUGCACACUUCCGAAGGGUUUGCGAAGGAUGGGAUAUGCAGCGCAAAUUGGAAGUCGAUUUCGCUAAUGAUGACGGCCAUGGUGCUGGUGAAAACAUAUUUGUCAUCGACUGUGGACUCGCCGAAGACCGCCCUGCACACGUCGAGCGAUACACUCGAUCUUUAGUUCCUCAAGAUGUACAAUCGUCUUCGGUCGUGUUGUUCCCCAUGCCCCUUGAUAACUCCGCCAGCGCUGAGCCGUCACUAUUCGGGACUAUUGCAGGAAAGGCAUCACAGGGGCCAGAGGAGAAGAUAUCUCAAUCUGUCACGUCUACUUCAGUGUCAUCAUUGGAGGUCCUGUCCCAUCUUCACGAGUGGGAGAGUUGCUCCUUUAGGUUGAAAGGUCAAAGUCAUGCAGUGAUCACUAGUGCCUCAAUGGACCAAUCUAGCACGGCAGUCCUGACACUCGGCGAAGAUCCUCUUCACUCGGCUGAGGAAGAGAUUCCAGGCCGCAGAUCUCGAUUGUUUGCUGUCGGCACAGACGACGGGGCUGUACUUGUCUGGAACGCUCGUGAGGAUGCCAAGGCUACGGGUAUCAGCCCAGUGCGACAAAUCCAGACGGACUCCCCAGAAGUGUCCUGUGUGGCACUCUCGGCUAUGUAUGUUGUCCAUGGCGGUAGCGACGGACUGGUGCAAGCAUGGGACCCCUUGGCAUCAACAUUGGAUCCAGUUCGAACUCUCAACGCGAGGUCCAACGGCCGAGUGCCUCGACACAUGGUGACAAUGAACCCAACUCUUGACGAGUCGACUUACUCGGCAGUUGGUGCAAUUUAUCUUGACCCUGAUCCAACCGUCCUUCGUGGAGUUGUUUCAUUUGGUGCUUUUCUGAGGUACUGGGCAUACAGCUCUGCCAGUCACGCUUCAGGACGCAAACGUCGGCUUAGACACUCCGAUGUUCAUGGUCGUCUGGCCAGUCGUCGUCAAGGCGGAGCAGUCAUUGAUUUUAUCGCUGCUGAGGAGGCUGAAAUCAAAAGGGAGAACGAGCAAAAGGCCAGAGAGCAGAAUCGCCUGCGCAAUCGCUUUGGUGUCGGUGCGCUCGGUGACCUAACUGAAGAAGAAGCAUUGCGGUAUGCGCAGAUGGUCUCUGAGGAAGCCUUCCUUUUCGAGGAACAACGUCGAACAAGCGAUUCCGCUGCCGAUGCCAGCCUGGAUACUGCUUCGACAUUCAGUGAGACCACUACUGUUGAUACCGUCACCCCCGAGCCAAGUGUCUCGGACAUGAUAACUCCCCCAUCUGCCUCCACGGAUAAUAUUGAGAGAGCACCUGUCGAGGACGACUAUGAACAACAGAUUCAGCAGGCAAUCCGUCUUUCUCUGAUGGAAGGCGUCAAUGAUAACCCCACGUCUCCCCAGGCAGCGAGCUCCGGUGAUUACGAAUUCUCCCUGACAUACAAACCCAAGUCCGGCAAGAAGAACAAGACAUCUGGAGCUGUGUCGCCUGGAGUUUGCAAGGCGUGGUCGGCAAACCACAUAGAGCCUAGGGACUAUGACCUAGAACUCGCUCUGAAACUGAGCAUGGAGGAGCAAGGUCUGUCGGCGUUUGACGCAGGGUCAGUCGUUCACCGCGAGGAGUUCCCGGCGCUGGAAGCUGAAGGCGUUGGUAAGGGGAAAGGGGUACAGAGGUGGUGAUUUAGAGUAUUUGCUGCAUUGUGUGUCUCGUCGUUCACCGCUUUACAUUCGAUGCCAUGGGUCAACACGAUACGUGUUCGAUCCGCUGGCCUAGCUUUUACAUAAUUGGACCUUCCAUCGGUAU